AUGGGAGAGCUGCCCGGGGAAGAGGUCACGGCCAUGGGGGAUGUGAAGCUGGCUGCCUCGACACACGUUUCCAAAACCUCCCUCACUGUGGAUCCCUCGAGAGUCAGCUCCAUGCCCCUGACCGAGGCCCCUGCUUUCAUUUUGCCCCCUCGGAACCUCUGCAUCAAGGAAGGGGCCACCGCCAAGUUUGAAGGGAGGGUCCGGGGUUACCCAGAGCCCCAAGUGACAUGGCACAGAAACGGGCAACCCAUUGCCGGUGGGGGCCGCUUCCUGCUGGAUUGUGGUACCCGGGGGACUUUCAGCCUUGUGAUUCAUGCUGUCCGUGAGGAGGACAAGGGAAAGUAUACCUGUGAAGCCACCAAUGGUAGUGGUGCCCGCCAGGUGACAGUGGAGUUGACGGUAGAAGGGGGCUUUGUGAAGAAGCAUGGUCAGCCUCUUGUUUCCAAAGCCUUGGGGGACAGAUGUGCAGCCCCUGCGGUGGAGACCCGUCCUAGCAUCUGGGGAGAAUGCCCACCAAAGUUUGCUACUAAGCUGGGCCGAGCGGUGGUCAAAGAAGGACAGAUGGGGCGAUUCUCCUGCAAGAUCACUGGCCGGCCCCAGCCACAGGUCUCCUGGCUCAAGGGAGAUGUUCCCCUGCAGCCCAGUUCCCGUGUGUCUAUGUCUGAGAAGAAUGGGGUGCAAGUCCUGGAAAUCCACGAGGUCAACCAAGAUGACGUGGGAGUGUACACGUGCAUGGUGGUGAAUGGGUCAGGGAAGGCCUCCAUGUCUGCUGAGCUCUCCAUCCAAGGCUUGGACAUUGCCAACAGGUCGCUUGUGAGAGGAACAAAGGUGGCCAAUUCAGACAUCAGGAAGGAAGUGACCAAUGGAAUCGCUCAGGGGCUGAAACUGGAUGGCUUGGAGGCUGUAGCUGAGAGUAAGAACUGCUCCAGCAUCCAGAGAGGUGGCUCCCCGACCUGGGCCACGGGGAGCCAGCCUCAGCCCCUGAGGGAAUCUGAGCCGGAGCCAGUGGGGGACUCGCCUGGAAAGGCCCUGAGGACCCCCGUCCUGCAGAAGACUUCCAGCACCAUCACCCUGCAGGCCGCAAAAGUGCAGCUGGCACAGAGAGUGCCAGUCUCGGGUGCCCCGUCUCCUUCCAGAGAAGAGAGGGAGAAGCCAGCUGCUCGCCCUCCAGCCGCCCUCCACGCCAGGCAGUGUGGCCUGGGAAGCCAAGACACUGUGAGCCAGGUUGCUACCAGGAAGGUCCCCAUGGAGGGCCAGGGGGACACAACAUUCCCCAAAUUUGAGAGCAAGCCCCAAAGCCAGGAAGUCAGUGAGGACCAGCCAGUCAAGUUCAGAUGCGAGGUUUCAGGGAUCCCGAAGCCUGAAGUGACCUGGUUCCUGGACGGUGCCCCCUUGAGGAGAAGAGAAGGCACCAUCGAGGUUUAUGAGGCUGGGGGGACCCAUUACCUCUGCCUCCUGAGAGCGCGGGCCAGGGACAGCGGGAACUACAGCUGCACAGCCACCAACGUCCGAGGCCGGGUGUCCUGUGGCUGGACCCUCCUGGUGAAAAGGCUGGCCGUGAUGGAGGCGGCCCCCUCAUUCUCCAGUGUCCUAAAGGACUGCACUGUCGUUGAGGGCCAGGACUUUGUGCUGCAGUGCUCGGUGCAGGGGACCCCGGUGCCCCGAAUCACUUGGCUGCUCAAUGGGCAGCCCAUCCAGUAUGCUCACUCCACCUGCGAGGCUGGCGUGGCUGAGCUCCACAUCCAGGAUGCCCUCCCAGAGGACGAUGGCGCCUACACCUGUCUGGCCGAGAACACCUUGGGGCAGGUGUCCUGCAGCGCCCGGGUCACUGUCCAUGAAAAGAAGAGUGACGAGAAGAGUGAGUACCUCCUGCCCACGGCCUCCAGCAAGCCCGUCGCGCCCCUCUUCCUGCAAGGCCUCUCUGAUCUCAGAGUCAUGGACGGGAGCCAGGUCACCAUGACAGUCCAGGUGUCAGGGAACCCGCCCCCUGAGGUCAUCUGGCUUCACAACGGGAAUGAGAUCCAGGAGUCAGAGGACUUCCACUUUGAACAGAGAGGCACUCAGCACAGCCUUUGCAUCCAGGAAGUGUUCCCGGAGGACACGGGCACUUACACUUGUGAAGCCUGGAACAGCGCAGGAGAGGUCCGCACCCAGGCCAUGCUCACAGUGCAAGAGCCUCAGGAUGGCACCCAGCCCUGGUUCAUCAGCAAGCCCCGCUCAGUGACAGCCUGCCUGGGCCAGAGUGUCCUCAUCUCCUGUGCCAUAGCUGGGGACCCCUUCCCCACUGUGCACUGGCUCCGGGACGGCAAAGCCCUCUCCAGAGACACUGGCCACUUUGAGGUGCUACAGAAUGAGGACGUGUUCACCCUGGUUCUAAAGAACGUGCAGCCCUGGCAUGCCGGCCAGUAUGAGAUCCUGCUCAAGAACCGGGUUGGUGAAUGCAGUUGCCAGGUAUCACUGAUGCUACAGAGCAGCCCUGCCAGAGCUGUCCUGCGGGGAAGGGAGCCUGCCAGCGGUGAGGGCCUCUGCAGCCAGGGAGCUGGCGCUGAUGGUGGUGGCAUUGGCGGCUACGGGAGCCUGAAGCCCGGCUGGCCAGCAGGAGGGCAGGGCGGGCCCGACGAGGGAGACGGUGAGGGCGUGCGUGGGGUGCUCACGAGGCGUGUGGAGACGCGGCAGCACACUGAGGAGGCCAUCCGCCAGCAGGAGGUGGGGCAGCUGGACUUCCGCGACCUCCUGGGCAAGAAGGUGAGUACCAAGACCUUGUCUGAAGAGGACCUGAAGGAGAUCCCAGCCGAGCAGAUGGAUUUCCGCGCCAACCUGCAGCGGCAGGUGAAGCCGAAGACUGUGUCGGAGGAAGGGAGGAAGGUGCAUAGCCCCCAGCAGGUGGACUUCCGCUCUGUCCUGGCCAAGAAGGGGACUCCCAAGACCCCUGUGCCUGAGAAGGUACCACCUCCAAAACCUGCCACCCCAGAUUUUCGCUCGGUGUUGGGCAGUAAGAAAAAAUUACCUGCAGAGAAUGGCAGUAACAACUCUGAAGCCUUGAAUGCCAAGGCAGCAGAAGGUCCCAAGCCUGUAGGCAAUGCCCAGCCUUCAGGGUUUCUGAAAACCGUGGGCAAUGCCAAGCCGGCCGAGACCCCCAAACCCAUGGGUAAUGCCAAGCUGGCUGAGACCCCCAAACCCAUGGGCAAUGCCAAGCCGGCCGAGUCCCCCAAACCCUUGGGUAAUGCCAAGCUGACUGAGACCCCCAAACCCUCGGGUAAUGUCAAGUCAGCGGAGACCCCCAAACCCUUGGGCAAUGCCAAGUUGUCCGAGGCCCCAAAACCAGCUGGGAACGAAGAACUUAAGGAGGUUAAGAAUGAUGUGAACUGCAAGAGGGGCCAUGCAGGGGCCACAGAUAAUGAAAAAGGACCCGAGAGCCAAGGGACAGCCCCAGCCUUCAAGGAGAAGCUACGAGAUCUCCGUGUGGUGGAGGGUGAGAAACUGCUGCUUCAGUGCCAGGUGUCCUCUGACCCCCCGGCCACCAUCACCUGGACCCUGAAUGGAAAGACGCUCAAGACUACCAAGUUCAUUGUGCUCUCCCAAGAAGGCUCACUGUGCUCCGUCUCCAUUGAGAAGGCACUGCCCGAGGACAGAGGCUUAUACAAGUGCGUGGCCAAGAACAGCGCCGGCCAGGCUGAGUGUUCCUGCCAAGUCACCGUGGACGAUGCCCCCACCAGUGAGGACGCCAAGGCCCCGGAGAUGAAAGCCCGGAGGCCAAAGAGCUCUCUUCCUUCCAUGCUAGGAACAGAGAGUGAUGCAACUGUGAAAAAGAAACCUGCCCCCAAGACACCUCCGAAGGCCGCCGUGCCCCCUCAGAUCAUCCAGUUUCCUGAGGACCAAAAGGUGCGUGCAGGAGAGCCUGUGGAGCUGUUUGGUAAAGUGGCCGGCACCCAGCCCAUCACCUGCACCUGGAUGAAGUUCCGAAAGCAGAUCCAGGAGAGUGAGCACAUCAAGGUGGAGAACAGUGAGAAUGGCAGCAAGCUCACCAUCCGGGCUGCACGCCAGGAGCACUGUGGCUGCUACACUCUGCUGGUGGAGAACAGGCUGGGCAGCAGGCAGGCCCAGGUCAACCUCACCGUUGUGGACAAGCCGGACCCCCCGGCCGGCACGCCUUGUGCCUCUGACAUUCGCAGCUCCUCGCUGACCCUGUCCUGGUACGGCUCCUCGUACGAUGGCGGCAGCGCCGUACAGUCCUACAGCAUCGAGAUCUGGGACUCGGCCGACAAGAAGUGGAAGGAACUAGCCACAUGCCGCAGCACCUCUUUUAACAUCCACGACCUGCUGCCUGACCGAGAGUAUAAAUUCCGUGUGCGCGCAGUCAACGUCUAUGGAACCAGUGAGCCGAGCCAGGAGUCUGAACUCACAGUGGUGGGAGAGAUACCUGAGGAGCCGAAGGAUGAAGUGGAGGUGUCGGAUGAUGAUGAAAAGGAGCCCGAGGUCGAUUACCGGACCGUCGCGGUCAAUACUGACCAGAAAGUGUCUGACUUCUACGACAUCGAAGAGAGACUAGGAUCUGGGAAAUUUGGACAGGUCUUUCGACUUGUAGAAAAGAAAACUGGAAAAAUCUGGGCAGGGAAAUUCUUCAAGGCAUAUUCAGCAAAAGAGAAAGAGAACAUCCGGCAGGAGAUCAGCAUCAUGAACUGCCUCCACCACCCCAAGCUGGUCCAGUGUGUGGAUGCCUUCGAAGAGAAGGCCAACAUUGUCAUGGUCCUGGAAAUCGUAUCCGGGGGUGAGCUGUUCGAGCGCAUCAUCGAUGAGGACUUUGAGCUGACCGAGCGGGAGUGCAUCAAGUACAUGAGGCAGAUCUCGGAGGGGGUGGAGUACAUCCACAAGCAGGGCAUUGUCCACCUGGACCUCAAGCCCGAGAACAUCAUGUGUGUCAACAAGACAGGCACCAGGAUCAAGCUCAUCGACUUCGGUCUGGCCAGGAGGUUGGAGAACGCGGGGUCUCUGAAGGUCCUCUUUGGCACCCCAGAGUUCGUCGCACCUGAAGUGAUCAACUAUGAGCCCAUUGGCUACGCCACAGACAUGUGGAGCAUCGGGGUCAUCUGCUACAUCCUGGUCAGUGGACUGUCCCCCUUCAUGGGUGACAACGAUAACGAAACCUUAGCCAACGUCACCUCAGCCACCUGGGACUUUGACGACGAGGCCUUCGAUGAGAUCUCUGAUGACGCCAAGGAUUUUAUCAGCAGCUUGCUGAAGAAAGAUAUGAAAAACCGCUUGGACUGCACCCAGUGCCUUCAGCAUACAUGGCUAAUGAAAGACACCAAGAACAUGGAGGCCAAGAAACUCUCCAAGGACCGGAUGAGGAAGUACAUGGCAAGAAGAAAAUGGCAGAAAACGGGCAAUGCUGUGAGAGCCAUUGGAAGACUCUCCUCUAUGGCAAUGAUCUCAGGGCUCAGUGGCAGGAAAUCUUCAACAGGGCCACCAACCAGCCCACUCAAUGCAGAAAAACUAGAGUCUGAAGAAGAUGUCUCCCAAGCUUUCCUUGAGGCUGUCGCUGAGGAAAAGCCCCAUGUAAAACCCUAUUUUUCUAAGACCAUUCGUGAUUUAGAAGUUGUGGAGGGAAGUGCUGCUAGAUUUGACUGCAAGAUCGAAGGAUACCCAGACCCUGAGGUCGUCUGGUUCAAAGAUGACCAGUCAAUCAGGGAGUCCCGCCACUUCCAGAUAGACUAUGAUGAGGAUGGGAACUGCUCUUUAAUCAUUAGUGAUGUUUGCGGGGAUGAUGAUGCCAAGUACACUUGCAAGGCUGUCAACAGUCUUGGAGAAGCCACCUGCACAGCAGAGCUCAUUGUGGAAACCAUGGAGGAAGGAGAAGGAGAAGGGGAAGAAGAGGAGGAGGAAGAAUGAAACAAAGCCAGAGAGAAGCAGUUUCUAAGUCAGUCAUAUUACAAAGACUCUCUCUCUAAAGCUC